AUGAUGUUAACGACUUCUUUGCGACCGUUCCACGUUUUGGACGCCUCUUUAGCGGCUGAAUUGGAGGACAUGUUUUUCGACGCGGUGGAUUCCGUGUUGCCUCCUUCGCAUUCUUUUUCUUCCACGCGGGGGCAACAAUCAUCAUCAUCGCAAGAACAAAAGCGCGCGCUCUUCACGACGACGUCGUCCUGGAGAGGAAGGCAAGUGCAAACGAGAGAAACGAACCGAGGAACAAUGGUGAAAAUGAACGUUCCCGGCGUGUCCGCGAGAGACGUGAAGGUCACGUUAACAGGCGGUUGUCUUCGAGAUUCUUCGAAAAAAGAAGACGAAUCGAAACUUCUUUCUUCGAUUGGGGUGCCCACGUCUUUGAGAAUUGACUUUCUCGGCGACGAACGACAACAAGCGGAAAGAGGAGGAGGAGGAAACAACAUAACGAUUAAGCUGAAAAGAAAGGCGACGUACGACAUCGAAAACGCCAAAGGUUUGGUGUGCGACGGCGUUUUGCGGGUGGUCGUGCCGAAAAUAACUUUGCCGAAGGUCGACGUCAAGGUUGCCUCCGGCGAAGCGGAGCGUCCUCCGGCGGAGGAAAGCGAAGUAACGCUAAAAUUUGCCGUGGCGGGGUAUUCGAGUUCUGAUAUUUCUGUCGAGUUGGAUGCCGAGAGAGAAAGGUUGAAGAUUUUUGGGGAGCUCAAAGAUAAGUCGAGCGAGUUUGAACGCGUGGUGCCAGUACCGAGAGGGUUGCGCGCCGAGCACGUGACUUUGUGCGCGGUGGAGAACGGCGUGCUCGAACUCCGUUUGCGAGACCCGCUGGCGAUUGAGAAGCGGAUCGUGCCGGUAUUGAGCACGUCGCCUCCGCCUCUGCCAUCUCCACCGUCUCAAGAAGUGGCGGCGCAAGUCAAUCAACCGAUGAUGACUACCACCACCAUCACGGGCAGCGGAGAAGAAGAGAAGAAACCGACGGAACAACAAGACAACCGCGUGGUGUUAAUGAAGACGGAAGUUCCCGGGUAUUCCGCCAAAGACAUCGAGUGCUGCAUAAACGUCGAUCGCACGAUCGAAGCAAAAAGAAGCAACGGAAGAGGCGUCAAAAUCGGCAUCCCGAACUCAAUCAACGUUGACUCCAUCAAAGCGUACUGCGAACACGGCAUCUUCCAAGUCCUCGGUGAAACCGAACCGCCCUUCACGCCGCGCGCGGUUGCGGUCGACAUCGCCGGUCCGAGCGAAGACGCCGAGAAGCAAAAAAUGCUCAAACAGUUGGAAGACACGAUGGUCGAAGAAGACCAAGAAGAAGAAGAAAACGACGCCGUGCUCGUGAACAAGAAAGAAGACGUCGAGGAAGAGAAGAAGACGAGCGCUUAA